AGCAAAUAUCGCAGCCGUUUCAAAUCGGCUGACUCGGGCGUUUGAGCUGUGCUCUCUGAGUGCAAUGCGCAGGGUCCAGCAACGGCUUCCUCGUCAGGCACGGCGCUCGAGCGCGGUGAAAAAUGUCUACCGAUCUCUGUGCACCUCCGUUGUGCGGUUGAGCGCCGCCCCCCCGCCCCCGCCACCGCCGCCGCCGGCACCUCCGACGAGACACAUUGUUCCUUCAGUGGUGCCUGUAAUGCCUGUUGGCCCUCCCGCACCGAACGCCACACCGAAAGCACCGAAGUCUCCACCGGAAGCGCCGAAGGCCGCACCGGAAGCACCGCAGUCUCCACCUGAAGCGCCGAAGUCUCCACCUGAAGCACCGAAGGCCGCACCGGAAGCACCGAAGUCUCCACCGGAAGCACCGAAGUCUCCACCUGAAGCGCCGAAGGCCGCACCGAAAGCACCGAAGGCCGCACCGGAAGCACCGCGGUCUCCACCGGAAGCACCGCGGUCUCCACCUGAAGCACCGAAGGCCGCACCGAAAGCACCGAAGGCCGCACCGGAAGCACCGAAGUCUCCACCUGAAGCACCGAAGGCCGCACCGGAAGCACCGCGGUCUCCACCGGAAGCACCGCGGUCUCCACCUGAAGCACCGAAGGCCGCACCGAAAGCACCGAAGGCCGCACCGGAAGCGCCGAAGGCCGCAUCCACUUCUGCCCCCAGAGCGCAUCACGCCAACGGUAAGCCAUCCCAAAUGUCACACAAGCCCACAGACAAAAGUGCAUCGCCGUUAUCUCGCACGGUCGUGGCAACGGGCCGCCUUGGGCAGUCAUUAGGCCAUGGCAAGGCAGCGGCGCCUCCUCCAUCACCAACACCACCACCACCACCGCCGCCGCCACCUCAGCCGCAAGCGCCGACUUCUACAGCCGCGACCCCACCGGCUUCCCUAGUCGUUGCGUCCCUGCACGUCUCGAUCGCUCCUCCAGAAAAGACGGAGGCGGACGGUUCCAUGAACUCCAUCAAGGCGGAUGCGAGCGAGCAGGAGCUGUUUGAAGCGUUGCGUCCCUCGCUGUCGACGCGCGUGGAGGAGGCAGUGCGCCAUGGCAAAGCCACGCACCCGCUGAGGGCGGUCCGCACCGGCGCCUCGCACGCAGAGACCGCGGAAACGGCCGCAGCAGCGACGCCUCCUCCUCCUCUUGACGAGUCUCCCGGCGACUGGUCUUCUGCGCGCCGUGAAGGGAAAUUGCAGCCCCUGCCAAUGACCAUCGCUAGCAGUCUCAAUCGGCACGAAAUUCCCUCCGACCUGGGAGGCGCCGAGUCGACCACGGCGGAUGCAGCGUCGUCACCAACUGAAGACUCCAUCGAGCACGAUAGUAACUUGUCAGCGAGGCCCAACGCAACGGAGGUGCACGAGACCCCAGUGGUCGAGCGCCUUCCUGGUGAAGUGUGGCGCGGUGUCAUGACACGAGCAGCAAACACGGCACCGGCGUCCGAGUCGAUUGACGAGCAGGACAGUGAAAACUGCAUUACUGUGUCUGUUGCCGGUUCGUCGGUCAUGCCGGGGCGAGGCCUCACCGUGCAGUUGCGUAAAUCGUUUUUUGGCGCCAUGGUUGCAUUACAAGCCGUCUCGCGUGCGCUGGAUGCGGUAGAGGCGCGCUGUGGAGAGAUGAUUGCAAACGGCAGCGACAAUGGCAACAGCAGUGGUGCCAGUGGGACUACCCCACCGUCUCCCGUCACCGUUACGUGGUGCACGCUGCCGCACUGUACCUUCUUUGGCUCGGUGCAGUCGCCCGCAGAGUUCUCACUGAAGCAGCGCGUCGCCUACGUCGAGGCCAAGGAGGCGGUGAUGCAGAAAUUCCAUCAGCUCGUACAUUGCAUGAAGGGAAAGGCACAUUUUGUGGCGCUGGCGUCGUGUGCUGCGGGUCCCGUACUGGACCUCGGUGCGGAAAUCUUCUUUGCGUGUCCAGAGCGGUAUCUGCUGCCUGCGCGGGCGUCCACCAUCACGGAAUUCCGCUCCGGGCGGGCGACGGCGGUGCCGGCGAUGUCCGUCGGCUUUCCUUUGACACGAGUCGGCUUCUACCCUUCGACUUGCACAGUCGCCGCACUGCAGCGCAUCUGCGGCUCACAGUCGACCAUCAAGUGGGUGCCAAUUUUGCACAGUUAUGACGCAAGCAGUCUUGAAGGCGUUGGAUUGCUUCGCCUGGGGGAGCCGUCACCGUCGUCUUCCGUUGAGGCAGACGUUGUGUCACACGCAGCGGGCACCUUUAGGUGGUCUCUGUGGUGCGAGCGUGUUCUCCUGCGGUAUCUCUGUCGCACUCCGAUGCAGCGCCAGUGGGUGAUGGAGAAGCUGCUCUGGAGCAACGACUUCCAGCGUAAGGUGCGGCCAUCUCCGGCUGCCGUGUCUGGGGUGGACGCACGUUUUAUGGAGACCACGUGGUACACGUACGCGAUGAGCGUGUUGUGCCGGAGUGAGACCGCCCAAGCUGAAUCUGAGAAAGUGUUCCAUGAAGGCAACAGCAAGAAAGACGCCGCAGGAGACGUGGACGGUAGCGCGGCGCUUGUUCGAGCCUGUGUGGCCGCACCACCGUGCAGAGGCGCAGCCCACGCCGUGCAGGUGCGCCUCCGUUCGUUGCGACACGUCCUCCCUCUACUGCCCCACCGCCGCUUCCUCGCGUUUCCCUACCACCAAACGUCCUCGUGGGCCGCAAAGAUGCAGGCGCUCACCGCCGCUUCCGAGUCGCCCGGUGCAGCGGUGCUGCUGGAUUGCUCUGACAAGGCCGUCGCGGCCACGGUGAAGCUGGUGGAGACGCAGCUCGUGGCGAGUGCUGCGCAGCGAGGGCGGCUGCCGUAUUUAAACGUUAUCCUCAUCGGCGAGGACGCUGCGGUGCGCGCGGUGCUGGCGUUGCUGCCCUGCGCCGCCGUCGUCUCCUCCACCUCCGCCUUCCAUGAACAGGGCCACGCCUCGGUGCAGCAGGUGCGCCUCUUCGCCGCACCGCAGUGGCCGGUUGACCUGCAGCAAGACACGUUGGUGGCCGCGCUGGCGUAUUUGCAGCGCAAGGAGACCCCGCACGUCGUGGCGGCCGGCCCAGCUCCGCAGCGCCUCUUACUGGCGUUGUGCCGCGAAGCGCUGGUGAUGGCGCAGUCGUUGCCGGAUGCCAGCCGGAUCGAGUCCGCCGCUCAGGAGCACCUUGGACUGCGCCUAGGGCCCUUUGCGUUGAUCGACGCCUACGGCGCUGCCACUCUUGCCUCCAUGGCCGCCGCGGCAACGGCCGAAGAAGCGGCGCAGACCAAGGCAGCCGCUACCGCGCCCCAUUCCGUGUCUCCCAACGCGCUGCUGGAGAGCUGCACACGUGCGAUGGCGCGUGAGGGAUUAUUGGGCGUGCGCAGCGCUCGCGGUGGGUUUUACGGCGCUGCCACGGCGGUGGCGGGCAACGGCGGCGGGGCGGCGCGCGUGCUGCGUGACGCCGUCGUCGAUACCUACGUGCGUCACCACGCAAGCCCGGCGGAGAUGGCCGACCGGCUGCGCGCAGCCGUGCUGAAUGCGGCGUGCGAGCUGCUCGUGCGUGGUGAGGUGCCCGGCGUGGAGGACGUCGACCUCCUCUCGCUGUCGACGCUCGGUUGGAGAGAGGAGACGGGCGGGGUGCUGUACCAGGUGGACCAGUGUGGCGCGGAGGGCCUUCCGCGGCUGGUGCAGCUUAUGUUGUGUCUGUCAUCUACCGGUGUUGCGCCGCAUCUCGCACCGCACCCGCUGCUGUCUGCCAUGGCAGCUCAGCAGCUGCGUUUCGCGAACUUGAGGAGCAGUGGGCUGCUUCCCUCGUAG